AUGUUUUCUGGGUUCAUGGUGAUUGUGAAUGAACUUGAAGCCUUGGGAAAUACCUACACCGAAGUAGAGAAAGUCAUAAAGAUCUUAAGGUUUCUACCAAAGAAAUGGGAAACAAAAGUGAUGGAACACCCGGUGAAAGCUUUUGGAUGGGCGGCUAGAGAUCACUCUGGGCAUCUGUCUCCCUUUAACUUCUCUAGAAGGGCAACAGGAGAGGAGGACGUGAGGUUUAAAGUGUUGUAUUGUGGUAUAUGUCACUCUGAUCUUCACAGCAUCAAGAAUGAAUGGGGCAACGCCGCCUACCCUAUGGUGCCUGGGCAUGAAAUUGUAGGAGUUGUAACAGAAGUUGGAAGCAAGGUAGAAAAAUUCAAAGUUGGAGAUAAAGUGGGUGUGGGAUGCCUGGUUGGGGCAUGCCACUCCUGUGAGAGCUGUUCUGACGACCUUGAGAAUUAUUGUUCCAAACUGAUACUUACUUACAACAUGCCAUACCAUGAUGGAACUAGAACUUAUGGAGGCUAUUCUGAUACGAUGGUGGCUCCUGAGCGUUAUGUAGUUCGAAUCCCUGAUAACAUGCCCCUUGCUGCAGGAGCACCACUCCUCUGUGCCGGGAUCACAGUCUAUAGUCCCCUAAAAUAUUUUGGAUUCACCCAACCUGGUAUGCACAUAGGUAUAGUUGGCCUAGGUGGGCUUGGUCAUGUCGCCGCCAAAUUCGCCAAGGCCUUUGGAGUUAAAGUCACAUUAAUCAGUACCUCUCCUAGCAAGAAGAAAGAAGCUAUUGAACAUCUUGGAGCUGACUCAUUUUUGGUUAGUCGCGACCCAGAACAGAUGCAGGCUGCAAUGGGCACAAUGGAUGGCAUUCUUGACACGGUCUCAGCUACUCAUCCCCUCCUACCAUUGCUUGGUCUUUUAAAGAAUAAUGGAAAGCUUAUUCUGCUUGGAGUACCAGAGAAGCCACUUGAGCUGCCAGCAUUUUCUUUGAUUAUGGGAAGGAAGACUGUGGCUGGCAGUGGCAUUGGAGGAAUGAAGGAGACACAAGAGAUGCUUGAUUUUGCUGCAAAACACAACGUGACUGCAGAUAUUGAGGUUGUUCCAAUGGAUUAUGUGAACACUGCAAUGGAGCGUCUUGCUAAAGCUGAUGUUAGAUAUCGAUUUGUCAUUGAUAUUGGAAACUCCUUGUCUGCCACCAAGCCUUACAAAAUGGCCACAUCCCCUGAAGACGAACAUCCAAUGAAGGUUUGGGCAGCUAGAGACAACUCUGGGCACCUCUCUCCCUUCAACUUCUCCAGAAGGUCAACAGGGGAGGAGGACGUGAGAUUUAAAGUGCUGUACUCUGGUUUAUGUCACUCUGAUCUUCACACUUACCCUCUUGUGCCCGGGCACGAGAUUGUAGGAGUUGUGACAGAAGUCGGAAGCAAGGUGAACAACUUCAAAGUUGGAGAUAAAGUAGGUGUGGGGUGCCUCGUUGGGGCAUGCCACUCUUUCCAGAAUUGUUCUAAUGACCUUGAGAGUUACUGUCCCAAACUGAUAGGCACACAUGGUUCCCAGUACCAUGAUGGAACCAUAUGUUAUGGUGGUUACUCUGACACCAUGGUGGCCAAUGAGCACUAUGUGCUUCAUAUCCCCGAUAACAUGCCACUUGACGUGGGAGCACCUCUCCUAUGUGCCGGGAUCACAGUCUAUAGUUCCUUAAGAUAUUUUGGACUCAGUGAACCAGGAAUGCACGUAAUAGUUGGUCUGGGUGGGCUUGGUCAUUUGGCUGUCAAAUUUGCCAAGGCUUUUGGGUGUAAAGUCACAGUAAUCAGUACAUCCCCGAGAAAGAAGAAAGAAGCCAUUGAACAUCUUGGUGCUGACACAUUUCUAGUUAGCCGUGAUGCAGACCAAAUGCAGGCUGCAAUGGGCACGAUGGAUGGUAUCAUCGACACGGUCUCUGCAAUUCAUCUUCUUCUUCCAUUGAUCAACCUUUUAAAGUCUCAUGGAAAGCUUGUUAUGUUGGGGAUACCUGAUCAACCACCCGAGCUUCCAAUCUUUCCUUUGCUUAUGGGAAGGAAGACUGUGGCCGGUAGUGCCGCUGGAGGAUUGAAAGAGACACAAGAGAUGAUUGAUUUUGCAGCAAAACACAACAUAAGGCCAGAAAUUGAGGUUAUUUCCAUGAAUUACGUGAACAUUGCAAUGGAGCGUCUCGCAAAGGGUGAUGUCAAAUACAGAUUUGUCAUUGACAUUGAAAACACCUUGGCUGCUACCAAGUCUUAG